GAGGCUUCUUUGUCCAUAUCAGUCGCGCGAGUCGCGUUAGCAUCUCUGUCUCAGGAUUAGGCUACAAAAAUCCCAUUCUCCUCCGUCGCCAGUUCUUCCCCCCUGCAUUUCUAUGGCGCCUCCUCCUCACAAGCCUUUAAACGAGCUUCUCCUCGAGCAGCUGAAGGACGGAAGCGCGAAAUUCGAGCUCGUAUCUUCCCCUACUUGUCCGAUCCCAACAUCAAAAUUCCAGAUACCUUCCCCGCCUUUUUUCAGCAAUGGUCGUCAUCAGUUCUUCGCCAGAAUCGGAUCCUCUCUGGGCGGAAUUUCACCAGCAAUGAAAAAAGUAGAGCAUUUCUCAGUUCAAAAAGUUACAGGAGAUGGACGUUGUUUGUUUCGUGCACUGGUAAAAGGAAUGGCGAUCAACAAAGGAAUUGCUCUUACCCCGUGGCAAGAGAAGGAUGAUGCAGAUGAGUUGAGGACGGCUGUAAAAGAAGUUAUAUGUGGAAGUGAAAAGGAACGACUUCAGUAUGAGGAAGCACUUAUUGCUAUUACUGUUGAUGAGUCUUUGAAAAGAUACUGCCAACGUAUUGGAAGUGCUAAUUUUUGGGGAGGAGAGUCGGAAUUGUUGGUCUUGUCAAAAUUGUGCUCUCAGCCCAUCAUCGUCUAUAUACCUGAGCAGGAGCAUAGCAGGGGAAGCAGGGGCUCUGGUUUUAUACCAAUAGCUGAAUAUGGAGGUGAGUUCAGGAAGGCAUCAAAGAAAGGGAAGAAACCGAGGCAGCCGGUGAGGCUGCUAUACAGUGGCAGAAGAUGUAAGCAUUAUUUCAACCCUAUGGAAAGGCCCAGACCUGAUACGUUGCGUUUUAAAUUUCACAUGGGCAUGUGUGUGGAUGUUCGCAGCUUCACAUGCAUAAGGAAUUAGCAAACCUCUACAGCAGAUGCGUAUUCCCUCGCCAAAGGAAAAUGCUUCAUACCUCACCUAGGUACCUAUUGGGGUUACUUUCUCUAUUUUGAGGUAAAUGAAAUAACAUGCAUGAAAUCCACCAUUUUCAUUAGCUACACC